AUACGCUCAUAUAAAUGAGAUUUGACUUCAGAGCCUAGUAAUGACUAACAGCUGUUGGGGCAGGGCUUACAUCUUUGUUCAGGUAAGCUCAUAAAUAGGUUAAUCCCCAGCAAAAAAAAAAAAAAAAGAUUAGCAGGAACAUUGUAGAACACUUCUUAAAUGUGCCUUGUGUAUUAAUGUAUUGAACAAACAUUUGACACAACAAAGCCCUGAGUAAAUUAGUUAUAUUUUAAAUAGCUAAAAGUUAAAUUAGUAGCCUCUGUACAAUGUCUUUGAUACUGAACUUCUGCUAAAUUGCUGGAUUCUGUAAAGUAACAUUAGUUUUCCAAUGUUUCACAACGUGAUGUCUGGAUUCAUAACAAUCAAUGAAAUGCCUGGGUAUGGGAUACACAGGACCAGCCCCUGAAAGCACGUGUGUAAAUGCACUUUCCACAUUUUAACCUUCAGGUGUCUAUUAGCAAAGCUCCAAAAUACAAACACCAUUGUGUCAAUCACAUUUAACCACCCUUAUAUAUUGUAUAACGCUAUUGUUAGCUGGGCCACUGGGAUCACCAAAUAUGUGGAGAAACACAGUCGUUCUAGUGCUCCAGAACUUUCGAAGUAUAAGAAGCGCGUUGCCAUGGCACCAGCUGUAAACUCAAAACACCGCUGCUCUAGCAGGUUUCUCUGAAAGACUGACUUAUGGGAGAGUUAGAAACGAGUCACGUGCUCUUGUCCAGAGGGCAGCAGUGUUCCUCAAAUGUUGCCAGGCUGCAGUGCCAGCCCAGCGACGAGGACGCAGGAACAUUCUGGUCACACAAAAGGAGAGCAUAGGAGUUUACCUCUGUGUUAGCCUGAGGCUGUGGUUUUGAGUUUUAUUACCUUUGUCUUUCGCCUAUAAAACUCGGAAAUGUUUAACAGUUUUCAUAGGGAAUUUGAUGAAGAUCCGUUCUUUGCAGACUCUUUCCGGGCACACCAUCAGAUGAUGAUGAGGAGCUUCUCCGACCCCUUUGGAAGAGAUCCUUUUCUGAGUAUCGCUGAUGGAAGAGAAAGAGCGAGAGAUCAGCGUGGGUCCUCCGAUUCCAACGUGGCACUGAGAGAGGAUCGCAGGGAAAUGAGUCGGUCCCUUAUGCCUUUUGACAGUUUUGGUAGUAUGGCUCCAGAUGGAAGGAGCCCUUUCAGCAUGGUGGACAGCAUGAUGGCAAACAUGAGGAACACGAUAAGAGACAUGCACAGAAACUUUGAUAACCUUUCUCUGGACUCCAACGCACACUCAUUCUCCUCGUCUUCAGUGAUGACAUACUCAAAGGUUGGGGACGGACAUGCAAAAGUUUUCCAGGCCUCAAGUCAAACUCGCAGAGUUCCCGGAGGGAUCAAAGAGACUAAACGGUCACUUAAAGAUUCUGAGAGCGGGGUAGAAAAGAUGGCUAUUGGGCAUCACAUCCAUGACCGUGCGCAUGUCAUCGCACAGUCUCAAAACAGGAAGACUGGCGAUCGGGAAAGAAAUGAAGAAUUUCUCAACUUGGAUGAAACUGAAGCCCAGUCAUUUGAGGAAGAGUGGCAGAGGGGAGUUUCAAAAUUCAAGCCAUCUGUUCCCCUUUCCCACUUGGAGGCACCUAAACAUAGAACUGUGCACCGCGCAGCGAUAGCCAAACCUGAUGAUGCAGCAAGAAGAGAGAAGCAUCUCCCAAAGGCUCCCGAAGAAGUGAAAAAAAUACAUUUUAAAGAACUGAGUGUGAAAGGAUCUGGAUUGAAAAACAACCAUCAAUAAAAUAAUAAAAUCAGGCAACACAUUCUAGUGCUUCAUUGUUUAUCCAAGACCAAUCGUACUUGGGUUUUAAGUGUUGGUGUGCAUUGUAUAGAUCAAUCUUAUAGUUUGAAUGUUCAUUUUUCUACCUUCAAAUCAAUAACUAGAAUGAUAAUUUUGUCAUUUUCAAAUCAAUUCAUAAGGUAAUGCACUUUACAAAAUGUGUACAACAUGGUACCUGUGCUAUUUUUAUAAGAUUGGUCUUCCUAGAUACAAAAUAUCUCAAUUCAUUCUCAUAGGUCUCACUUCAAUAGCAGAUAAGAACGUGUAAGAUUGUAAUCUUUGAUUUUUCAAUAAUAUAUAAUUGCUGCGUAUUAGUGUGUUUUGUUUAACUGGUGUAGGGCAGUUACAGAUGUGUUCACUUUAGUAAGUUACAUGAACACUAUAGAGUGGGCAUGCUUGAUAUUACUUUAGUCAUACCAAUAGCUGCAUUGAUGCAUUUUUACAUACAGUCUUGCUGAAACUUGCAUUCUGUACGUUCCAAAUUGCAGAGGAAUUUGAGAUAAUCUUUGACUUAUGAAAUAUCUUUUGGACUUGCACAUUUUUAUCUUCUACUGAAUAUCACCCACAAAGUACAUUACGGUACUUUCCCUCUUUUUAAAAAAAAAAAAAAAAUAAAAAAAAAAAACAAACAACCUACUGUAUAUCAUCUCUGUAGUGUUUUUGUUUUUUGUUUUUUUUUUGCUGGUUUUCAUUUACUUUGUUCUUAAUUAGAUUGUGUUCUGUGACUUUUUUUUUUUUUAACUGAACAAAUAACUGUUGAUGAAGAACUGCAAUAACUGUUACCAGACUGAUGUUUGAUACAGAAGAAGUAGACAUAUUCACAUGUUUGAUACAGAAGGAGUUGAAAGUCACGUUUUUUGUAAAUUAUCAACAGGUUCCAAAACUGAAUGCAACAACAGGAUGUAAAUGCUUGUGUUCCUGGCGAUGUUGCAGAUUUCUGUCCAUAUACACAAGUAAACAAAUUCUCUAUCAUUGCCAAAAUACUACAGUAACCUGAUACAGUAAGUACUAAAAGGUGUUUGGACAACCUAUAGCAUAACAGAACUGUUAAUUAAACAUGUCAUUGUUUUACGGAAUUCCUAUAACUGGGUAACAAAGUACCAAACAUAUUAUUUUUUUAUUUCAGGUGGAAAAUUACAUCAUGUGCUUUUCUGUCAAGCUGUGCCGCUGAAGUAACAUGUUUCUUCACUGAUUUUCAUGUCCAGUUUCUUUCAUGCUCCGUUUUGUUUUCAGUGUGUGGGUUCAUUUAUAGUAAGUGAAGAUGCUGCUGCUGCUUGAAUCCCACUCCACUGAAAGGACUGGUUUAAUAGCACCAAUUUGAACAAAUAAACCUGUGAUCUUUAAUAAACCUGUUCAUUCUGAAAAAUA